AAUUCACAGAAGUGAAGUAACCUUAACAAAAACAAAUUGAAGAAUUAAGGAUAAGCAAAUUACGCAUGCAACAUAACUCCUUACCCAACUGCCAAAUUAGUAAUUACACACUGCCACGUACAUUCUCCCCUCACAUGCACCGCUUACACGUGUGAAGCCCUUCCCAUUUCAUCUCCUCAAAGUUCCUUCUCCCCCCCCCCCCCCCCCCCCCCCCGUUUCUCCAACUUCCGCCAUGGACUCCGACAACCAACUCCAAGAACCCAACCGCCAGAUCAAAAUCCAAAUCCAAAAACCCACCGAUUUCUUCAACAAACUCGUAUUCCUCCAAGCCGAUUUGAUCUACAACGCCGUGGGGUUUGUGAUCGCUCCAGCCUCCACUCUCCUAUCCCUGUUCGCAGAGUCAUUUCAGCGCGCAGAAGAGACGAAACACACAGUGGAGUCGGCCGUCAGAAAAUCCCCGUCCUUGGUGGCGCAGCGGGUGAAGGUGGCGGUGAGAAGGGUGAGCUACGGGGCUGUAGCGGCGGGGAUGAUGUGUAUGGUGAUGGUGUUGCUUCUAAUAGUGGCGGUGGGGGUGAGUGGGUUGGGGAUUAGGUACUGGAUAGAAGAGCCGGUGGAUAUUAAGGAGAAAUUGAGGUUUGAUUAUACUGAAGCUCGGCCUAGGGCUUUGUUUGGAAUGGGAAAUGGAAAUACAAUGAAAAUGAAGAAGAAGAAUUUGGGGAUUCCGGUUGGGCAUACGUUUUUUGUGUGUGUGGUUCUUUUGAUGCCUGAAUCUCAAUUCAAUCGGGAGUUUGGGGUUUUUCAGUUGAGUGCAGAAUUGAUAUCAACAAAUGGAAACAUAAUAACAAGUUCAAGCCAACCAUGCAUGCUCCGGUUCAGAAGCGCGCCGGUUCGGUUUGCUCGAACUCUUCUCACUAGCUUUCCCAUACUCAUAGGAAUCUCAACCGAAGCCCAAAGGCUAAGUUUCCCCAUAUUAAAGCACAAGGAAGAAAAUCAGGAACGAAGCGCCGCAAUCCAGUUUACUAUUAGCCCUCGAAUUGGAACUUCUGCCCUCCCCGAGCUUUACGAAGCUCAUAUUGUAAUAAACUCGAAACUACCGAGGAUGAAAGAGUUGUUGCGUCGCUGGCGAUGGACUUGCUUCUUAUGGACGUCUAUCUAUUUAUACCUGAUGUUUCUAGCGAUCUUUAUGUUAUUUUGGAAGCCGGUUAUGUUUCGUGCAAUGACAUUGACGCCGGAGUUGAGUGAUUUCGAUCAAGAUCCGAGGAGAAGAGAGCUGGAAGGUGCGGAUGAGUCGUUGGACGAGAUGGCCGAGAUAACGGUGGAGUUGUUGAGGAAAUGGCAAGAGAUGAGGAGGAAGAGAAAGGCGGCCAUGUUUGGGUAUGGAUCAGGAGAAGAAGAUGUAGGUUCCACAUCUGCGUCGAGCAUUAGUUGUAGUAGAGACUAUAUAGCUGCUGUUUUCGAGGAAGAUGUCGGGGAUUCCGAGUCGGUGCUUCUAGAAGGUUCCGAGGAGUAUAGUUAAUUAAUUACCAAAGUCAAAUAAUUGUUGAUUGUGUAAUUAUUGGUAAUUCUUGUUUCAUUUAACUCAUCAGUUUAGAUUGUAAGUUUUUUUUAUUGGAAAACUAAUCCUAUUUUAGUUUCACACUUCUUGCUA